AUGUGGAAGAAAGGCCUUCUGUCGAGGUUUUUAGGGGUGGUUUUGAGGCCAUUUCAGUAUUUGGACGCCAUAGAUAGGAUUGUUCAGAUACUGAGGUUGGUAAGCUCUUUAUUGGUUGUUUUAAUGGGGUUGAUUUUGACGUUAGGUGCAUUUUUGAGUCCGGAGAAGCUUUAUAUGGGGAAAUUUACAACAUCCAAGAAAAGCAUUGCAAACGGUUUAUUUGAACUGCUCAGUAAUAGUGUCGUUAAUUCAAACAUGAAUGGGGGUUUGGGGCUGACGACGUCGGAAAUAGUAAUUUUAAACCAAUACACUAGUUCACAGGUUGUGAAUGUACCGGAGUAUAUUACUUCAGCGGUUUAUGGUUGGUGUCAGUUAGGCAAGCCAGAUGAUGUAGCUGACAACCUGAAUAAUACAGAUGAAGUUGAGUGCCAGUACAUAGGGCCUUCUUAUGUAUUUGAUUACCGAGUUUUGCUGGGGAAGAUGCGGUUAAACAUAGUACUUGAUUAUGCCUAUACGGAUUCUUUGCAAGAAAAUGAUUCUAUGAAUGGUGAUUCUGCUUCUGCAAACAGCACUCCUUCUGCGCAUAUUCCCGACUACGUUCGUUAUAUUAAUAAUGCGAGGUCUCUUAAGAUGAAUAUGUUGUUUUUGGUCUACUUUGUUAUGGUGUUGCAAGUAUUUAUGUUAUGUCUGAUGUUGUGGUACUAUUGUGUUAAGGGAAGGUCACUGAAUCUGCGAAAGGAAAAGAUACUGGUGCACUUGUUGUCAUUUUGCAGUUUGGUUGUGUUUAUGUUUUCUCUUGUGGCUACCAUUAAUCUUUUUGCUAUACAGCACAAUAUUAGAUCGCAUGUCAAACAAGAAUUACAGAACUUUGGUUUUGCAUACGAGUUGGGAAAGCGAUGGUUUAGCUGUCUAUUACAACUGUCGGUUUUCUCGUUUAUUUCAUGCCUCCUGUGGUCUGGAUUGGAAUGGUGUGUCAUGGAUCCAAACCAAAAUCAACGUAGGUUUUCACAUAUAGAAGCAGGUGUUCUUGCCUUAAGACAGUCUGAAACGCGCCCCAAAAACUCAGAGGUAAGAAACCUGCCUACGAAAGGAUUGUUGAAUCCAGAUGCAGCAUUGACUGCGCCCAGUAGGGAGACCAGUCGCUUGCUUGUUGUAACGCGAUCAAAGUCACCUCCCUGCGGUUAUAUGUCUGCCAGUGAACUCUCGUUGAGCAGCUCCCCUCGGGCAGUGAAGACUGCGACAACUUUCAAGUUUUAA